CAUCACGUGAUUUGAAUCAUGUGACUUGGGUAAAAUGGCUGCGCACGGAGCGAGGUUGUUGCUGCUGCUCUUCUGCUCCGUCCUGGAAACAUUAUCAUGGCAAACAGUCCGCAAUAGCACGCAGCCGCCUCCCGUGGUCAUUUGGCACGGCAUGGGUGACAGUUGUUGUAAAGGACGUACCUUGCAUUUCAUCAAACUGGUGAAAGAAGCAAUCCCAGGAAUAUAUGUCUUGUCUUUGCAAAUUGGAAACAGUAUUAAGGAGGACAUUAAGAACAGUUACUUCAUGAAUGUAAAUGAUCAAGUAGAGUUGGUGUGUAAUAUAUUAUCCAAGGACAGGAAGCUGAAGAAUGGAUACAAUGCAAUGGGCUUCUCUCAAGGUGGCCAGUUUAUAAGAGCUGUAGCACAGAGGUGCCCUUCUCCACCUAUGAUUAAUCUUAUCACAUUUGGAAGUCAACAUCAAGGAGUGUACGGAUUACCCCGCUGUCCUGGAGAAACUUCUCAAUUCUGCGAUUGGAUAAGGAAAUUGCUGAACGUUGGUGCUUACAGAAACUCCAUUCAAAAGCAUUUGGUGCAGGCAGAAUACUGGCAUGAUCCUCUGAAUGAAGAACUUUACAGGAGCAAAAGUGUUUUCUUGGCAGACAUUAACCAAGAAAGGGGCAUCAAUGAAAGCUAUAAGGAAAAUUUGAAAUUAAACAAGUUUGUAAUGAUAAAAUUCUUGAAGGAUUCUAUGGUUGACCCUAUUGAUUCAGAGUGGUUUGGUUUCUAUAAAGCUGGCCAGGCCAAGGACACAUACACCUUGCAAGAGAGUGCUCUUUAUCAGGAGGAUCGAUUGGGGUUGAAGGCAAUGGACAAACUGAACAAACUGGAAUUUCUAAGCGUGGAUGGAGAUCACCUUGAAUUCUCACAGGAAUGGUUCAUCACCCAUAUAGUUCCUUACCUAAACUGAUCUUGUUAAUGCUGCAGCAGAUGAACAAAUCAAUUUGACCUAAAUCAAAGCAUCUAUUUCCUUGCAAUAUAAUUUCUAUAAAUACUAAUUCACUCAAAAUAUAAUUAAGUUCAAACAUAAAUCAUCCUUGUGACCAUUCUACAAAGACAGUACCUUUUUUGUAUAAAGGGGAUCAAUUCUGUACACAGCUUCCUUAUAAGAUGUGAGGUUUGUCUUGAACCUUUAUUUUAUAAUGUAAAAAUCACACCUAAGACAAUUUGAUUGACAUACCACAGCCCCAUGAAAACCAUUCUUCAUCUUAUCUGUUUGUCCAAGUCCAUUCAUUUCUGUGUCAGUGAAUUGGUCCACUGAAGGAAAGGUCAGCCUGUUCAAAGAUUUGACCAUCGUCUCACACAGAUGGUUUGAUGGGAAAUACUCUGUGUUUCUAAACAGUUUGAAAAGCUGCUGAAUCGGUUUCUGUUCAGCAAUGACUUGAAUAUUAACAUUUCUAAAGGCUCGAUAAUUAAUCCAGAGUCACUAGGUGCUAUUUCUGUGGAUUUGUAAGUUCUAUAGCUUGCUAAACCACAGGUUCAGAGGAAGUUCCCAGUUCCUUAAACUGGUUUCCAUUUGAAAAGUUCAUUUAAAAAAACCUUUGAGUGGGCUGCAACCCCUGCUUUCCCUCUCUCCGUCCCUCCCCUACCCUAGUUUCACUGUCCUCCUGAUUAAUUUUACUGUUGUAUGCCUCGUCACCGACCCCACAGUGAACAAUGAACCAUUCUACAUUUCCCUAAUCAUCGUCUGCUUUGAUCUGUCAUAUUCGUACCUUUCCCUUCGUUAUGUCUAGUUUCCCUCCCCUGACUCUCAGUUUGAAGAAGGGUCUUGACCUGAAACACCACCCAUUCCUUCUCUCCAGAGAUGCUCCCUGUUCUGCUGAGUUACUCCAGCAUUUUGUGUCUAUCUUUGCUGAGUAUGAAGCUUGGUGACAAGACCACAAAAUCAGAACAGAUUUUGAACUCUUUAAUAUUGGGUUUAUGUGAAAUGUUACUUACUUUUCUUAAAUGGCAGUGUACAUUAACAUUUGCUAUAUACUACUGAGAUACCAAUCACUAAUUGAAAAGAAUGCAAAUUUUGCAUCUGAAAUGUUGUGAACAUUAUGUACAAUACAUUAUAAAACGUGCAUAAAAUGCUGAAAUGGCCACAAUUUUCUGUUAAGGUGUUGCAUAGUGAUUAGUAAUGUAUUAAAUUUUGAAAUUGCGUUCUCAUUUUUAAGAUUCAUGUUUUCAAAAGCUCCACUGCAUUUCAAAAUGACCACAUAAAGCAUGCAUGUACAUUUUCAUUUUUUCCUACUGUUGUAUUAAAUAAAAUUCCACUUACAUUUUGAAACUCA